AUGACUAGUGGUCCAGAAGGAUCGACGGACCUCCGCAUUUUCGUGCUGCACCGCUGCUGCACCCUCCAGGCGGCUGAAAAGGCCCGGUCUGUGGUACAGACAAGGGAUGAACAGUCGGUGCUGGACCGGGGCCGCUCGGAAUCGUUGUCGUGCGUCGUGCGUCGUGCGUCGUGCGUCGUGCGUCGUGCGUCGUGCGUCGUGCAUCAGAUGCUGUUUGUAUGUCGACAAACCGACGUCGGCCAACUGCCAGCUCUGAUCUCGGCGACGCCUUGGGUUUGUGACAAAUGUCGCCUGCGAUUGCCGAAACGCCAGCACAGCGACGGCACCAUGAACUCGCGGGAAAAGUACAGGUACUUUCCUUCGAGCACUGUCAGCUCGCCUUUGUCUGGCUGGACGCGGCUGGAGUCAGUUGCCUGCUGGUCCGGGCUCACGUCUCGUCACAUCUGCCUGGCUUUGCCUUUUGCCUUUUCACGUCUCUGCUCCAGCCAGCAGUCAGUCAGUCAGCCAGCCGUCAACGUGCACGCUCCGACGCUCCGCUUGGACUCGCCAACCAACAGAUGA